UGUCACCAGCUCCGCUUAUCCAGGAGAAGACUAUCUACGGUUGGGAAGGUAAAACUAGACAAAGUUGAAGCAUUGGAUCACGACCACUCAAAAAUGCCCUUUUAACUUUUGAAUAUAUUGAAGAUGCCCGGUCUCGUGUCCUGUCCCGGUGGUCUGAUAGUCAUUGGUCUCCUCCUCCUCCUCCUUUCCUCCUCCUCUGUGAACACCCUAUCAGAGAUAUGGACCAAUGAAGUUUCAGAUGUACAGUACGGGAGGAUAGGGUCCAACGUCACGCUGCUGUGUAGAGACGCACUGGACAGGACGUCAGUGGAGUGGCGACUGAACGAGAGGUCCGUGUUGCCAUGGCAGCACCGAGUGACAUCAGGCGGUCAUCUGGUCCUCGUGCACGCAGAACACGCUGCCGAGGGUAACUACAGCUGCCAUGACGAGCAGGGACUCCUCAUCCAGACCACCAGACUCAGGCUAGGAUAUCCUCCCGGUCUGCUCAGCAUUUCCUGUCUUGUGCCCAAUCACAGCCUAGUAUUGUGUUCAUGGGUGGAGUCUGUGAAGACCCACCUACCAGCCCUGUACCACACCUCCUAUAGAGGAAGUUUCGACCAGGUGAGUCUGUGUCUAUCCCCUCCCCAGAAGCAGUGCACCAUCACAGACCCUACCAUGUGGCAGCUCUACCACUACAUCAACAUCACCGAGACCAACCCUCUGGGGUCACAGACCACCAUCAUUCAGGUCAAGUUCCACAAGCUCUUGCAGCCAGACCCCCCAGAGGCAGUAACAGCAGUGGGGAUGGUAGGAUAUCCCAUGAGGCUCCAGGUGAACUGGACGAACCCUGCCUCCUGGCUCCACGACGCUGUGCCCUUCCCCCUCCACUUCCAGCUCCGCUACCGUCCUGUAGGAUCCAGCAUCUGGUCUACCGUGGAGUCUAAGGCCAGUGCCCUGCUCAUAACCGACGCCCUUGCUGGCCACGCCCACCAGCUACAGGUGAGAGCCCAGGACGAGAUCAACCCAGACAGCCAGUGGAGUGACUGGAGCCCCCUUCUGCAGGCCUGGCCAUGGGGCGGUUGCACAGCAGAUCCAACUGAACAAACCGUCCCUGUAGACUACAAUGACGAAGAUGCGGAGCCCUCUACAGCCAACACCAAGUCAGAGAAUUCGGAGGAUGAUGGUGGUAGUCUGGGAGUGGUGAUAUUUCUGUCCCUGUUUGCUGUCAUCAUCAUUGUCUUGUUGUCCUCUCUAUUUGUCCUCAUGUGGGUGAGGCAAUGGAGACGGGACAAUGUAACACGACAGGAACUGACCUCAAUGUUGAAGAUGAAGUCCUGCAUAUCUGAACCUAGGUUGGCCCCUCCUCUUCACCAGGCCAUACCUCUACCAGCUGUCUGCAGCGUCCACAACACACUACCCACAACCUACCAGGAGACUCACCAUGCUACCCACAACCUACCAGGAGACUCACCACGCUACCCACAACCUACCAGGAGACUCACCACGCUACCCACAACCUACCAGGAGACUCACCACGCUGCCAACAACCCAUCUGGAGUGAGUGCUUGGCCUGGUCGCUGCCUGCCGAUAGACAGACAUGAUGGACCGACUGACUGACUCCUCCCACUGGAGUUCAACCUCUUCUGAUUGGCUGUGGGCCUCAGUGACAGUACAGCACCAGUAAACAUGAAGUCAAAGGAAGGAGGGAUUAGUAUCUGUCUGUCUCCUCCCCAGCCUGACUGACUGACUCCUCCCACUGGAGUUCAACCUCUUCUGAUUGGCUGUGGGCCUCAGUGACAGUACAAAGGAAGGAGGGAUUAGUAUCUGUCUGUCUCCUCCCCAGCCUGGCUGACUGACUCCUCCCACUGGAGUUCAACCUCUUCUGAUUGGCUGUGGGCCUCAGUGACAGUACAAAGGAAGGAGGGAUCUGUCUGUCUCCUCCCCUGCCUGCCUGACUGAACAAAGUUCACAUUGUAUUCCUGAUGAUGGUCCUUUAUUACUCGUGACUAAUGAUAAUAUAAUAAUAAUAAUAAUAAUAGACUAAUGGAAGGCUGAAAGAGGAGAAGAAGAAACAGGGUUUUCCAAUUUGCUAAAGCAAAAGGCAUUACCGAUAUAUAGACCGGUUGGCAAUAUAGACAGGUUAUAAAGAGGUUAUAAACAGGUUAUAGACAGGUUAUAGACAGGUUAUAAAGAGGUUAUAGACAGGUUAUAAAGAGGUUAUAAACAGGUUAUAGACAGGUUAUAGACAGGUUAUAAACAGGUUAUAAAGAGGUUAUAGACAGGUUAUAAAGAGGUUAUAGACAGGUUAUAAACAGGUUAUAAACAGGUUAUAAACAGGUUAUAGACAGGUUAUAAACAGGUUAUAAACAGGUUAUAAAGAGGUUAUAGACAGGUUAUAGACAGGUUAUAAAGAGGUUAUAGACAGGUUAUAAACAGGUUAUAGACAGGUUAUAGACAGGUUAUAGACAGGUUAUAAAGAGGUUAUAGACAGGUUAUAAACAGAUUAUAAAGAGGUUAUAAACAGGUUAUAAACAGGUUAUAGACAGGUUAUAGACAGGUUAUAAACAGGUUAUAAACAGAUUAUAAAGAGGUUAUAAACAGGUUAUAGACAGGUUAUAAAGAGGUUAUAAACAGGUUAUAAAGAGGUUAUAGACAGGUUAUAGACAGGUUAUAGACAGGUUAUAGACAGGUUAUAAACAGGUUAUAAACAGGUUAUAAAGAGGUUAUAAACAGGUUAUAAAGAGGUUAUAAACAGGUUAUAAACAGGUUAUAGACAGGUUAUAAACAGGUUAUAGACAGGUUAUAAACAGGUUAUAAAGAGGUUAUAAAGAGGUUAUAGACAGGUUAUAAACAGGUUAUAGACAGGUUAUAAACAGGUUAUAAAGAGGUUAUAAACAGGUUAUAAACAGGUUAUAAAGAGGUUAUAGACAGGUUAUAAACAGGUUAUAAAGAGGUUAUAGACAGGUUAUAGACAGGUUAUAGACAGGUUAUAAAGAGGUUAUAGACAGGUUAUAGACAGGUUAUAGACAGGUUAUAAACAGGUUAUAAAGAGGUUAUAGACAGGUUAUAGACAGGUUAUAAACAGGUUAUAGACAGGUUAUAAACAGGUUAUAAAGAGGUUAUAGACAGGUUAUAAACAGGUUAUAGACAGGUUAUAAACAGGUUAUAGACAGGUUAUAAACAGGUUAUAGACAGGUUAUAAACAGGUUAUAGACAGGUUAUAAACAGGUUAUAGACAGGUUAUAAAGAGGUUAUAGACAGGUUAUAAACAGGUUAUAAACAGGUUAUAGACAGGUUAUAAACAGGUUAUAAAGAGGUUAUAAACAGGUUAUAAACAGGUUAUAGACAGGUUGGCAUUCUCUUAACUUCAGCAGAAAAAGAGAAGGAACACUGCAAGGCUACUGCUAUUGGUCAGUGGUUGAGAAAGACGAGUCCUGUCAUUUCCAUGCUGACCAGUCACAGACAGGACGAUGUCAUAUCUUAAUGUGUGUAUGUGGGUAGCUUGAGGUUACAUUGGUCUGGGAACAGUUAUCCUCUCUCCCGACCUCCACCAGAAGUGAUGUGGCCCCACCUGGGAUGCAUUUGUUAUUUGUUUUGGUUGUUUUUUUAGAUCUUUUACCCAAUAAUAAUAAUAAUGUAAAUCAUAUUUAUUUUUGGAGUCCCUUUUAUUUUAAAUAAGGAUAGAAUAUUUCUAAACACUUCUACAUACAUGUGGAUGCUGCUGUGACUACAGCUAGUCCUGAAGUCAUCCUGAAUAAUAAUGAGUCAGAUGGUUAGACUGCAGGAACGUCCACCAGAUCUGUUACUAUAAACCAGUAACUCUCA